UCAAUAUACAUACAGACUUGGAUUCAAUUCUUGAGGUUUAGAUACAUAGCAGAGGUGAGCUUGUAGUUGCCAAAAGUCCUUUUAGAUAUAGUCCAUAGGUUAUAGUCCAAUGUCCAUAUUCAGGGUGGCUCGAGUCAAUGACUGGGGAUCUCAGUCCUUGUUGCUUAAGGUUUCCCCCUCUUGAAACCCAAAGCAGAUCUGAGAUGCAGAAGGAUCGUGUCCCAAGGUUUUUAUACAUUUCCAGCAGCCUUUUGGCCUGAGAAAACAAUAGGCUCAACUUUCCUCCUUCUAAACAUCAUGGCAAUUAACACAGGAUAAUUUAUCCAUUAAACAGUUCAGAUACAGGUUACCACAACCUUCAAAGAGACGUAUAGACAAUAAUACUAUUUCACUUAAGUAUCUUUCUAAAUACGGAUACUCCUUUUUUGAUCUUUGAAUCAAAGCUAUAGCAAUAGACAAGACUCGUUUGCUUACAUCACAAGCCCUGAGCAAAACAUCUACCCUUUUAUGUCUAACAAUGCAGACUUGCAUUUCAAAGCUCUAUUCAUUUACACAUCUUCCUAACCAGUCACUAAAGUUCGGCCAUGGGUUAGGUCAGUCUGGGAGGUAAUUAACUCUUUCUGGCCCUGUCACCUUUCAAUGAGAUAUUAUAUUACACUCAUAACAUCACACUUGAUUUAACAGCUCACGAUCUCUCUCUUUGGAAACUAGAUCCCACCUCUAACACAGUUGUUGUCCCUCUUUGAUGUGAACAGCAACUCAAAGUUGAGAAUCUCAAUGAUGCUUCAUUUAGAAGUAGACAUUGAAGGAGUCUAGUAUUUUUGGAUGCAACUUUAUUUACAAAGAAUAUGUAGAAUCCCACUUUAUGCAGGAGGCACAAAUGGAGCAAUUAUUUAGCUUAUAGCCCCAAGCCUCUUCAGCUAACAGACCCAAACACACUCACUCUAGCUUUUUCUAGCCUACUGCUUGGCUUUCCUGCUUCUCUCUCUGUUCUUACCUGUCCUCCCUUCCCCCGUGUUCUCCCCAACACCUACCCAAAGUGCUACUCCACCAAAAUCUCCUGCACACACCUUUCAUCUGAGGAGGGGGUUUAUGCUUACAGUUAUGUUCAUGAUAAGUGUGACCCUUCAAUCUCAAUGGGGUUUUAACUCACCCCCUAAUUUCACCCAGCUCCUAACAGAAUAGGGCCUAGCACAGCAGGAUCCUGGUUCCUGAGAAGGGCUCCUAGACUUUACAGUAAUAUAAAUAAUAAGAAAGCUUCACUCCCAAAUGAAAUGCUGAAGGUUACAGUGCCUCACUGAGUGCUGCCCGGGGUAGUUUGGCACCUGCAGAUCACUCAGCACAGGCUGGAAGAAGCAUCUUGCUCUCAUGAGAGCCAGAGUCAGGCACAGGCACUGUUUAGAGCUAUUUGAAAAAAGUGCACGGGUGUAUUUAGCUGGGGGUGGGGGGCAGGUUCUGUCAUAAUAGAGGGCGCUGUAGAGCACAGAGGUUCAGGCAUUUUUAGCACCACUGGGCUGUUUCUUCUCCGCUUGCCUGUCUGCUGGAGCCUCUUGUACUGCCCCCAGAACACCUCCUUACCGCUCCAGCCAUGGGGACCUGAACGACCUCCCUACCUGCGAGCGCCCCACACGCACCGAGUCUCCGCCCAUUCCCCUAGGCCCUGCCCACCACCCCGGCGGGCUUCUCCCUCGGCUCCUCCGCGGCUCUAGGCCCCGCCCUCUCCUCGCUGAGCUAUGGCACGCGAGGAGCGUCGAGCUGUGUUUUGUAAUCUCCUCCGCCCCCUCCCCCACGCCGUGCCGCUCAGCCAAUGGAGAGUGCACGUUGUGGUCAGGUGACGCAGCUUUUUAUGUAAGCCAGCGGCGGGUCUGCGGCGAUGUUUGAAAGGGGGUUACGGUCUAACGGCCGCUCCGCGAAGCGUCUGCUAUAGGGCGCGCGUGUGUGCUGCGCCCGUCACCCGCUUAAGUGUCUACUCCCGCUUCCCCCCCCCCCCGUCGCGAGUGCCUCGGGGCCGUGCGCAGAGCAGAGCCCGGCUACAGCCACGCCGCGAGGAGCGCCACACCCCCCUCUGGGAUCCGCACGGCGAGCGGGGCAGGGUGGGGGCUCGCAGCAGGAUGGCGUCGUCGUCGGUGGUUGUGAGCUCGGAGGGGUCCCCGGAGUCAGGGGGCAGCGGGUGGCCCCGCGCGGAGCCCGAAGGGGAGCAGGAGCGGCUGCUGCGGCGCGGGGAGCUGCUGGCCCUGGGGAACCACCUGAAGGAAGCGCUGGAGACUUACUCGGCGGCGCUGCGUCUCGGGCCGCCUGCGGGACCCCGCCGCCUCGAGACCCUUGUGGACUGUCUGGUGCUGAACUACCGCCUCCGACAGGGGCUGGACUGGAGCCGGGACCAGGGGGCCCGGGAGGAGGGAGGCGGCGCGGCCGCAGGGCCGCUGACCUGCUGCGGCUGCCGGGGCUUCCUGGGCGAGCCGGUGACCGCUCCGUGCGGGCACAGCUACUGCCGCCGCUGCCUCCGGAGGGAGCUGCGCUCCCGCUGCCGCCUGUGCCGGGACCUGCUGCUGCCGCCGCCCGGGGGUGGCCCCGCUGCCCAGCUCCGGACCAGCGUCGUCCUCAACCAGUUGGCGGAGAAAUGGUUCCCGGCCGAGUGUGUGAGGGCGCGGACCGGCAACCUGCUGGGGGAGCUGCUGAGCCAGGGGCGCUUCCGAGAGAGCCUGAGCGCCGCCAGCCAGGCCUUGCUAACAGAUCCCAGUGACUUGAUGUUAAGAGUUUACAGAGCUGAAUCAUAUGCUGGCCUCCAAGAGUUUAAAACAGCCAUAGAAGAUCUAAAUUUUAUCAUCUCUAAAAUGUCAAAUUGGCCAGAGAUUUACUUCAGGAAAGCGAAAGUGCUUCAUGAUGCUGGGUUUGUAGGUGAUGCCUUACAACUGUUCCUACAGUGCUUAUCCCUUGAUGAGGAUUUUGUUCCAGCAAAGCUAGAAGUGGAAAAGACAUUGUGUGAUUUGCUGUCACCAGAAAAUGUGAGAGAGAGUCUGAAGGAAUCUGCUUGGACUUCACCUCAUAUUCGAAAUAAACCUUUUACACUUGGUUCUGAAAUGGAAGAGUCUGGCUGUAAUCUACAGCUUUGUCCAGAGCAGAAUUUAGGAGUGCCAGAGAUAACAGUGGAGUCUUUCAGAGGAAGCCUAAAUCGUGUACAAUCUUCCCAUGCUCUUAACUCAACAGAAAAUCUUGCUAAAGGAGAUGGAUUAAAAAGGGUUUCUUCUGAACCUCUGCUUUCUAGCCAGGAAAAAAGUGCUCUCCUAAAAAGGAAGCUUUCCCUUUCAGAACAGGAUGCAAUCGUGUCUGAAGAUGGAAGAAGCAAACAUAAAAAACCAGGAGAAACUACAAAAAGGGACACUCCACAAACCAGUGAAAAUGCAACAGUUCCACAGCACUUAAUUGAUGUGGCAGAUUUUGAGUGUUCUCUGUGUAUGAGGUUAUUUUUUGAGCCCGUGACAACCCCUUGUGGACAUACCUUCUGCAAGAAUUGUUUAGAACGCUGUUUAGACCAUGCCCCACAGUGUCCUCUAUGUAAAGAGAGCUUAAAAGAGUAUUUGGCAAUUAGGAAAUACAGUGUCACAGUACUACUGGAAGAAUUAGUGGUGAAAUAUCUGGCUGAUGAAUUAUCUGAGAGAAAAAGAAUUCAUGAUGAAGAAACUGCUGAACUCUCAGACUUGACCAAGAAUGUUCCUGUGUUUGUUUGCACUAUGGCAUACCCCACUGUGCCUUGCCCUCUUCAUGUGUUUGAGCCAAGAUACCGAUUGAUGAUUCGCAGAAGUAUGGAAACUGGGACUAAACAAUUUGGGAUGUGUAUCAGUGACCCUCAAAACAAUUUUGCAGAUUAUGGUUGUAUGCUGCAAAUUAGGAAUAUUCAUUUCCUACCUGAUGGGAGGUCUGUUGUUGACACAAUUGGUGGAAAGAGAUUUAGAGUUUUACGAAGAGGGAUGAAAGAUGGCUAUUGUACUGCAGACAUCGAAUAUUUGGAAGAUAUUAAGGUUGCAGAUAAAGAAGAGCUGAAGAAUCUGAGAGCACUUCAUGACGUGGUAUACAAUCAGGCUUGUGGCUGGUUCCAAAGCUUGAGAAACAAAUUUCGCAGCCAGAUCCUUCAGCACUUUGGGCCGAUGCCAGAGAGAGAGGAAAACCUACAGGCAACACCUAAUGGACCGGCUUGGUGUUGGUGGCUUCUAGCUGUCCUCCCUGUAGACCCCAGGUAUCAGAUCUCGGUUCUGUCAAUGAUGUCUUUGAAAGAACGUCUAAUCAAAAUCCAACAUAUACUCACAUAUUUUUCUAGAGACCAGUCCAAGUGACUAACCGCCUGGAUCUUCCUGAAGAGUUACUCUUUUCUGGUUGUAAUCACAGCUGGAGUUUUUGCUGCUUUUGCACGUCUAGUGCUGGUUUGAAAAGUGUGAUGAAACUGCUUCCUCCCCCUCCCGCCAACUUCCUGAACCAUCUGGUUCUUCAAAUGGGCACUGUCUUCAACUAGAAGGAUAGACCACUAAAGUUGCGCAUGCAAAAAUCAAUCCAGCCACCGAACAUGGAAAAAUUCUACAUGAUUUGCACUAUGUAUGAGACAGUCAUGCUAAAACUUGAGAAUUUAUUGCCACUGACUUUCUAAAGCUGUGGGAAAUGCAAGACUUAAGGCUGACAGUCCAAGUUUACAGCAUUAAGAAUGCAUUUUUUUGCAAAUAAGAGCUUGCCUCAGAUACAACUGUCCUGUUGCUAUUUGCACAAAUAUUUGAAAUAUAGUAUUGAAUGUUGCUGUUGGAAAUUACUGCUCUUGCUGAACUGUCUUGACUAUGGCACAGAUUCUUAAUAUCUUAUAAAUAUUUGCAUCAUA